AUGGAUGAGUACAACAAAGACAGAGACCCGAUCGAGCACGGCGGGCGCAGCUUCAGUGCCAACAUUUCCGCUAGUGGGAACCAUGGAAUGACAGAGCCGCAGCCGCAGCGAGCUGGCAAGCGUAAGAUGGCUGUUACAGACACCGCAGGUCUUACCAGAAACCAGCGCGUUGAGUUGGCGGGAAAUGAUAUCGAUACCGCAUGUGUACAGUUCGAGGAGAAGAUGAGUACCCGCGGUUAUCGGCCCUUUGUUGACCGAAGCGGCUUUGUGUACCUCCUCACAUUCGUAAGGAAGGAUAUUUUGAAGAAUCGGCUGAAAAAACACCGCAUCAAAGUGCGCUAUGCGCCUCACUUCUCUUCCCAGCACGAGAACAAGUGCUCAGAGAAGCAUCCAGUUGACGAAGGAGAUCGGCCAGUGCCAGAAAAAGUCAAGGUUUUUAGGCCCUGUGAAGACCCCGAGUCAAACUCAAGACUUCCUCCGUGCCCGGUGCCGAUGUACUUCUUUCCCAAGCCGUUCCCAUAUUCUCGCAACCCUGUGAUCGAAAGCUCCCUACCUCGACACCUCAGGCCCUCAAACUCCAAACUUCGCGUGCGCAUCCCCGACCCAUGGGCUUUUAGCCUGCAGCUUUUCGAGUCAGACACGGCGACAGCGCGUCGCAGAUCCACUGGACACAUCUCCUCAGUUGCAGGGCGCCGAAAAGCAGCAAGCUGUCAAGACAUGAGGUCCUAUGCUUGUUACUCAAUCGAUACGCGUGCGGGACAGCUUUACGUGCAAACGCUGGCUCCCUCUGGCAGCACAUUUGACCUGGCUUGGGAUAUGUUCUGUAAUUUCUUCAGAAAGAGGGUUGGUAUCGACUGGAAGAACAUUCAUGAGGAGUGGAAGAACGGCAUUCACCGCGAAGGACCCUUAAGCGAGAACCCCCGGGGCAAAGAUGGAACAGAUGAUGGUGUGUUUCUCAAGAUCUCAAAGCCAAGGCAAUCACAGUACCGUGAUGAAGAAGAUGAAGGAGCCGUCGACUCCUUUGGAACCAGGAGUAGGAAGCCUAUCGUGACGGUGCUGAUAAACAGCCAUGAGCAUUUGAUGGAUGAACAGUUGGAAGUUCAGGCGAAGACCCCAGAAAGCGGGUGGUAA